AUUCUGUUAGAAUUUUUAUUUGGAUUGAUGGAUUUGGUUCUUAAAGUAUUAGCAGUCUGACUUUGUCAAUGUAAUGUUCUGCUCAGUGCUGCAGAAUAUGCCUCAAGAUGGUCUAAGAUCAGUUGUUUAUAGAUCAUUUGUCACAUGUGAUGAUUCAAAAGGAGUUGUGAAUUGUAAGACAAUAAAAAAAUCAAGGACUGGUUCUCAGCAAAUGGACCACAAGAACGAAAGCCAAAGGACACGAAAGAACUCAAAUACGGCUAUGGCAUACUACAUGGAGAGAGAGGACAUGGUCUCAAAAGGGUUUACAGAAGAAGUUCAUAGUCCAUCUUCUUUUCAAGUCAUGGAAGUCUCUAGAGGAGCCCAGAAGCUGAACCAGAUGAUUGACUCAUGGUCUAAAGGAGUGAUAUUUGAUGGGCAGUCUAAAGAUAUUGCACAAGAUUUGUUGAAAGGUGCUCUUGAUCUCCAAGAAUCUCUAGUCAUGCUAGGAAAGUCUCAAGAAGCUUCAUUGUAUAUGUCUUAGGUAAGAAAGAAGCCGCAUGAGAAG